UUAUGGUUGGUUUGCAAGGCUUCCAUUCGCUGCACUUAGGAUAGGCUGAUCUUUUUUUUUUUGCCUCUCUUAAUAGGGAAGGUUAAUUAGUACAAAAGUUAUAUUUUUUUAUGUAUGUAUUUUUUGUAUUGUUUUAACUAUUAAAUCGGUGCACUAGAGAUGAGGAGGGUAACACUCUUUGUAAACGGUACUUCCAAAAACGGCAAGGUGGUUGCAGUUUAUGGCACUCUUGCAGAUUUGUUAUCAGUUGCUAGUAACAAGCUAGGAAUAAAAGCAUCAUCGUUUUAUAAUGGAAAAGGAGGACUGAUUGAUGAUAUUGCUCUCAUCAGAGAUGAUGACGUCUUGUAUGUUUCAGAAGGUGACCCUUUUGUUGAUCCCCAAACUGAAACAAAGGUGUCUGACCGCUUGGGUAACCAUACAGACUGGCUGACUUUAAACAUCGGUGGACGCUGUUUCACAACAACACGGAGCACAUUGGUUAGUAAGGAGCCAGACAGCAUGCUGGCACACAUGUUCAAAGAUAAAGAUGUUUGGGGAAACAAGCAAGAUCAUAAUGGAGCAUACUUGAUUGAUCGUAGCCCUGAGUACUUUGAACCAAUCCUAAACUACCUAAGACAUGGCCAGCUCAUUGUCAAUGAAGGCAUCAACCUUUUGGGUGUGCUUGAAGAGGCUCGCUUUUUUGGAAUAGAGCAGCUGGCUGAACAGCUAGAAGUUGCCAUAAAGAAUUCUCAGCCUCCUGAGGAUCACUCCCCUAUUUCACGCAAGGAGUUUGUCCGAUUCCUUUUAGCUACUCCUACCAAAUCAGAGCUGCGCUGCCAGGGCCUUAAUUUCAGUGGUGCAGAUUUGUCCCGACUUGAUUUGCGGUACAUCAACUUCAAAAUGGCCAAUCUUAGUCGCUGCAAUCUGACACAUGCCAACCUGUGCUGUUCUAACUUGGAACGGGCUGACCUUUCUGGAGCUAACCUAGAUGGUGCUAAUUUACAAGGAGUGAAGAUGUUGUGUUCUAAUGCUGAGGGGGCCUCGCUCAAGGGCUGCAACUUUGAGGACCCUUCAGGGCUCAAGGCCAAUCUGGAAGGUGCAAAUUUGAAAGGGGUGGAUAUGGAGGGCAGUCAGAUGACCGGCAUUAAUCUGAGGGUUGCUACAUUAAAGAAUGCAAAGCUAAAGAACUGCAACUUGCGAGGUGCAACACUUGCAGGGACAGACCUUGAGAACUGUGACCUUUCAGGCUGUGACUUGCAGGAGGCAAACCUUCGUGGUUCCAAUGUCAAAGGGGCAAUUUUUGAAGAGAUGCUGACACCUUUGCACAUGUCACAAAGUGUCAGAUAACUAGGCGAGGCAGUGAAGACUAUUCACCUGUAUUGAUAAGCUGCCUUCCUUCAUCUCCCCCAAUUUCCACAGUAAAUCCGGCUAAUUGCUGAUGUGUUCUUUCCUUCCCCAGCAAAGCAUCAAACCAAACCAGAUUGAUCAGCUGUUCCAAAAGCCAUACGUCCUGCCAGUGCCUACCAUGAAUGAAGUGGAUCUUUGGGCAUACCAUGCAGUAGUUUAAUAUUAAUAUUUCAUUUUGACCCUCUUGUUUGUAUAUUUG